GGUCCCGGGGGGCGGGAGCAUCUCUCCGGGCCCGGGAUAAGAGCGAGGCCGCCCCGUCCCUCCGGGCCACCCUCCCCAUGCUCGCCCUCCUCGCCGCCAAGCCCGGAGCCCUGCGGGGAUGUCCCCGCGCCGCAGCCGCGCGCUGUCGCCGGCUCGGCGGGACCGCCACCGCCGUCCCCUCGGCUGUCCCCUCGGCUGUCCCCUCGGCUGUCCCCUCGGCCCCCCGGCCCUUCAGCCAGGUACCGGGCGAGUGGCGAGCGGGCUGGCUCAACCUGUACCGCUUCUGGCAGGAGGGCGGCCUCACCAACCUGCACCUCAUCAUGGCCCGCAAGUUCCGACAGUUCGGGCCCAUCUACAGGGGUGGGGACAAGGACAGGGCCCGGUCCCUGGUUGUCACUUGCCCGUCCCCAGCCGUGUGCCACGUGCUGUACGGGCAGCGCCUGGGGCUGCUGCAGGACUUUGUGGAGCCCGAGGCCCAGCGCUUCAUCGAGGCCGUGUCGCGCAUGUUCCACACCACGGCGCCCAUGCUGCACCUGCCGCCCGCGCUGCUGCGCCGCCUCAACACCCGCACCUGGCGCCAGCACGUGCAGGCCUGGGAUGUCAUCUUCUGCCAGGCGGACAAGUGCAUCCAGAACGUGUACCGGGAGCUGCGGCUGCGGCACAGGAGUGCCCAGGAGCACGUGGGCAUCCUGGGCAACCUGAUCCUGCGCGCCCGGCUGCCCCUGGACGACAUCCGUGCCAGCGUCACCGAGAUGAUGGCCGGAGGGGUGGACACGACAUCCAUGACGCUGCAGUGGGCCCUGCUGGAGCUGGCGCGGGCCCCAGGUGUGCAGGAGCAGCUGCGGGCCGAGGUCCUGGCAGCCAAGAGAGAGGCUGGCGGUGACAGGGAGAAGAUGCUGAAAUCCACACGGCUGCUGAAGGCCGCCAUCAAGGAGACACUCAGGCUGCACCCGGUGGCCGUGACCCUGCAGAGGUACACCACGCACGAGGUCAUCCUGCAGGAAUACCGCAUCCCCGCCAGGACGCUGGUGCAGGUGGGGCUCUACGCCAUGGGCCGUGACCCCGCCGUGUUCCCCAAGCCGGAGCAGUUCUGGCCGCAGCGCUGGCUCAACGCCGGCCCCAAACACUUCCAGGGGCUCGGCUUCGGCUUCGGGCCGCGGCAGUGCCUGGGCCGCCGCAUCGCCGAGCUGGAGAUGCAGCUCUUCCUCAUGCAUAUCCUGGAGAACUUCAAGAUUGAAACCAUGAGGGCCGUGGAAAUCGGCACCAAGUUCGACCUCAUCCUGAUCCCGGACAAACCCAUCCAGCUGACCCUGCGGCCCCUGGAGUGCCCGGCGUGAGGAGCCCGGUGACGCCCCCACGUCCCGGCGGCUCUCGGUGGCCCCGGGAUGGCAUCUGGGGACAGCUGGGACGCUUUCAGGGCCGCAGCCUUGGCUGCCGCGUCCCUGCCUUGGCUCAAGGCCGCGCUUACGCCACGGGGGAGAUAAAGCGGGGCCACCCCACGGAGAGCGGGACGGGUGGGUGGGAGGGGUCCCUGCGCCUCCCCGGGGGUCCCCCCGAGCUCCCCUGACCCCCUGGAAUGUUCUGCUUCGCCUCCCAUCCCCUGUGCCGCUGAUCCAUGGAAAAGCUCCUCUGUGCCGGC